UUCAUUCCUGCCGUGAGCUUGAGACUCUUCUAGACCCCGAGACAGAGAGCACCUCUGGAACGACACACACAGAAGUCAGGAUGAAGUUGCUGGUUCAGCUUAGUAUUCUCUUCCUCUGUCUCAUCACCUGUAAGCUCACUGAUGCCAGAGCCUUCACCCCUGAAGGAGUUCCAUAUGAUGAGCCCCCGGCAGUCCCAUACUGGCCCUACACCACCUCAGACUUCUGGCACUACGUAGAGUACUUCAGGUCUAUUGGAGCCUACAACCACAUCAAUGAAAUGGCCCGGGCCUUCUAUGCUCACCAACACCUGGGAGACACACUGGGAUAUGAGACCAACGAGGGACAUGAACAUUGAGGAGAGAGAGAGAAGGAGGGUAGAGGGAGAAUGAGAUCGAGAAGGUGGGGA